CCCGCUGGCCGCCACCACGCUCGUGGAUGCGGAGCCGCUGUCGCCACGCAUCGCCGGUUCCCGCCACCUCCGUCACGCCUCGCAGUCGCCGGUUCUCGCCGCUACCACGCCUCCGCCGAUUCAUUGUUACUCCCUCAAAAAUGUCUGCAAGCACAUCCCACACAACUGAUAGCUUUGGAACCGAUGAUGAGCAUGAUUCAUCUCAACCACGUGUUAGGAGAUCAAAGGGUUCGGUUGACAUGAACAAACCUCCUGAAACGAUAUCUGGCAAUAUGACAGCAGCCAUGUGCGUCUAUUCAAGACUCUUUAUGAGGUAUAUGGAGAACAAAGAACCGGAGGCUCAGCAGUAAAAAAAAGUGUAUAAACCUGCAUUUACCUGCAGCAGCAGCUUUACCUGCCGGAGUCUUAUUUAUGUUGUAUCUAGUGGCACAUGUAAGCAUAUGUAUGGCCAUAUGGCACAAUUCACUCACCGCCAAAACCUGUGUGCAUACGUUGUGAUUUUUUAUUUGGAUCCACUCCCAAUUCGACAUGAUA